AUGUCGACCCCCUGCACCCCCCCUCGCGUUCGUCCUGAGCCUUCCACCCCUUACGGCAAGCCUCACCUUGCUACCGCUCGCGAGCUCUUCCGUCGUAUGAUCCAAGAGGACAACGGCUGCUCCAGCGCUGCCCCCAUGCACUCGCCUCCCCUCACGCCCGGCAUGAACACCGACCCUUUUGCUACUCCCAAGAUCCAGCGCUCGUACACUCUUGGCCCCGCUGCCUCGAUCCCCAUUCCUGCCACUCCCGUGUUCAACCUUGCUCGCUGCAAGCUCGCUGGUGAAGUCAAGCCUACCCUGCCUUGCACUCCUCCACCUACCAACGAGCGCGUCAUUCGCGUCCAGCGUUGCCCCACCACUCCAGUCAAGCUUGGCUCGCCUGUGCGCCUCGCCUCAGUGCCCAUGACUCCUCCUAGCAGGCGCGUGCGUCUUGCCAACCCCCCUCCUCUGGUCCGCUCCAAGUCGACCUUCUGCACCCCCCUUUACCGUCCUAUCCCUCCUCCUGUCUGCAUGCUUGCCACUCCCACAACAAGGCCCGACAGCCGCGUCCUGCUCGACCGCAUUGCCAAGCUUGAGCACAUGGUCCUUGGUCUCCAGAGGCAAGUCGCCGAGCACAAGACUACCACCUCAAGGCGGCCUCGUAAGGCUGCCGUCAAGCCUCUGCAGAAGCGGAGGAUGGGCCGCGUGCGUCUUGGCCAGGUCAUGUAG